AACUUAUACAAAAAAAAAAAUACAAAAAAAAUCAUCUCAGCUCGCUACGACUUCAAUUAUCGUCAUCCCGACCUAUUAAUACCGUCGUAAAAAUCCGGUAGGAGAACUAGAGAUCUAAAUUAACUCAAAAUGCCGCCUGUUCCACCAUCUCGUGGCCAGCAUGCCCCCUCCACCGUCGAUAAGCUUAAGAUGGGAGCUAUGAUGGGUGGUACUGUUGGUGUCAUUAUCGGCUUCAUUUUCGGAACUGUGAACAUAUUUAGAUACGGUGCUGGACAGAACGGUAUCAUGCGAACUUUGGGCCAAUACAUGCUAGGGUCCGGCGCUACGUUCGGCUUCUUCAUGUCGAUUGGAAGUGUUAUCAGAACCGAUGCGUCGCCUAUCGCCGUCGAAGCAUUCGCGCGGGCCCAACGACGGCCAUUUAUCAUGCCCUCCCAAUCGAGCACAUAUCGACCGCGAAGUCAAUAAAAUUCUAACCUUGCCCACCUCACUGUACUGCCGCGGAGCUUGGACCCAAGAACACGACCCUACGAGAUCAUAGCGUCCGAGUCUUUCUCGUUUCG